GGUUGAGGAGCGUGGCCAUGGUGCGGCGGCAGGAAGAGGCGGCGGUCCCCGCGGGCCCGGCCGCCGCGCCGCUCUCGUCCGAGGAUGACGAGGCUCCCGAGGAGCUGUCGUUCGGCACGGCGAGAGCGGAGGCCGAGGCCGAGAGGAAGCUGGUGGGGGAGGCGGCUCGGAGGCACCGGGAGCUGCUGAAGGAGAAGCGGCGGCGGCGGCAGGAGCUGUUCACGGAGCAGAAGAGAAGGAAGCUGCUGCCCGAGGCCCUGCUGCAGGAGCUGGCCGCCGCGCCGCUUGCUCGAGCAGAAGAGCCGAGCCCCGCGGCUGCACCAGAUAAACACCCUGAAGGGGGGUCUGCAAAACAGAGUGAAGACCGCAUCCCAGGACAGGUCAAGAAAGGCAAAGCAGGAGGCACCAGGUCAAAAGGAAACUAUAUUGCUGUGCACUUGAAAGAUGAGAACUUAACAGGCCUCCACCAACAAACAGCAAAAGACUUCAUACACAGUCAGCUCUACGGCCCCGGCACCAACCGCACAAGUGCAAAUGAAUUUUUUUCCAUUGCAAACAAGAAAGACUCAGUUAAAAAAGCUGCAGUUCAGUUUGUGGACAAAUCUUGGGGGCUAGAAAAAAAGCAAAGAGCAACAAAGUUCACAAAAUACUGGGUGGCAAGAAAGGUGACAAGUACACUUUGAAGACAGCUUUUUCAGAAGAUGCAAUCAGUGGACAUCUUCAGGCAAUGGACAGUUUCACAAAGCAGUCCUGGUUGCCCUCUGCAUUCUUACCUCCCCUGGCAGAAGUUGUUAGGGAAGCUGACACACUGCUGGUCACAGUCAUGAUGGCAUAUCCUCCAGGGGCUCUGAAGGGGCUCAUCUCACAGAGCUGGACUUUAUUCCAUGAGGCAGCUCAACUGCAAAGAAUAAAGAUGAAUGAUUUCAUACUUA